CCGCACAACCUGCACGUGGCCGGCGGCGAGUUCCUGUGCCCCGUGUGCCGCCAGCUGGCCAACAGGUACCUCACACGUGUUGCAGCGUGGCUGCUGUCGGUGUCGGUGGGGCUGGAGGGCGGCGUGCACGUGGCGUCGUGCGGGCACCACCUGCACGUGCGCUGCCUGGCCGCCUACCUGCGCUCGCUGGCCGCGCCCGCGCGCCCGCACAACCUGCACGUGGCCGGCGGCGAGUUCCUGUGCCCCGUGUGCCGCCAGCUGGCCAACAGGUACCUCACACGUGUUGCAGCGUGGCUGCUGUCGGUGUCGGUGGGGCUGGAGGGCGGCGUGCACGUGGCGUCGUGCGGGCACCACCUGCACGUGCGCUGCCUGGCCGCCUACCUGCGCUCGCUGGCCGCGCCCGCGCGCCCGCACAACCUGCACGUGGCCGGCGGCGAGUUCCUGUGCCCCGUGUGCCGCCAGCUGGCCAACAGGUACCUCACACGUGUUGCAGCGUGGCUGCUGUCGGUGUCGGUGGGGCUGGAGGGCGGCGUGCACGUGGCGUCGUGCGGGCACCACCUGCACGUGCGCUGCCUGGCCGCCUACCUGCGCUCGCUGGCCGCGCCCGCGCGCCCGCACAACCUGCACGUGGCCGGCGGCGAGUUCCUGUGCCCCGUGUGCCGCCAGCUGGCCAACAGGUACCUCACACGUGUUGCAGCGUGGCUGCUGUCGGUGUCGGUGGGGCUGGAGGGCGGCGUGCACGUGGCGUCGUGCGGGCACCACCUGCACGUGCGCUGCCUGGCCGCCUACCUGCGCUCGCUGGCCGCGCCCGCGCGCCCGCACAACCUGCACGUGGCCGGCGGCGAGUUCCUGUGCCCCGUGUGCCGCCAGCUGGCCAACAGGUACCUCACACGUGUUGCAGCGUGGCCGCUGUCGGUGUCGGUGGGGCUGGAGGGCGGCGUGCACGUGGCGUCGUGCGGGCACCACCUGCACGUGCGCUGCCUGGCCGCCUACCUGCGCUCGCUGGCCGCGCCCGCGCGCCCGCACAACCUGCACGUGGCCGGCGGCGAGUUCCUGUGCCCCGUGUGCCGCCAGCUGGCCAACAGCGUGCUGCCGCUGCCGCCGCGCGGCGCCGCCCCGCCCGCCCCGCCCGCCCCGGCCGCCCCGCCCGCCCCGCCCGCCCCGCCCGCCCCGGGCGCCCCGCCCGCCCCGCCCGCCCCGGGCGCCCCGCCCGCCCCGGGCGCCCCGCCCGCCCCGCCCGUGCCGCCGCACGAGGCCGUGCGCGACAUGCUGCUGCGCACGUACCCGCCGCCGGCUCCUAGCGCGCUGACGGACGCCAUGAACAAAGCGAUGGAAGACAUGACCGCGACGGCCAGCACGAAGCUGCGGCAACGCUACGGCUCCUCGCCGGCCGCCAUCUUCACCUUUGUCACCUCGCUGGUGCGCACGAACCUAGAAUGCGAGUUGGUGCAGCGAGGGGGUUCUUUGGUGACGCCGGAACCCGAACCGGCUUCCUCCUCGACUGCUGAACCCAGGCCGCGCUACAAACCACGUAACGAUUGCAUAGUGCCGCUGAUGGUGGUGGCGGGCGCGCACGCGCGGCUGCUGCGCGCGGGCGGCGGGCUGGGCGCGGCGGCCGCGUGGCAGGAGCUGUGGCCGCCCGCCCCGCCCGCCCCCGCCGCCGACACCGCCCCGCCCGCCCCGCCCGUGCCCGCGCCCGCGCCGCCGCAGCGCCCCGUGCCGCUGCUGCUGCGCGACCCGCUGGCGCUGCUCAUGCACUUCCUGCUGCUGGCGCCGCAGGACCCGCCCUACAUGCCUCCUCAGCACUUCACGUGCAUAGUGCAGGCGCUAUACGCGCUCAGCUACUACCAGAUCGUGUGCCAGUUCCUGGCGUGCGCGUCGGCCGCCGGGCGCGCGGCGCUGGGCGGGGCCGGGGCGGCGCAGGGGGCGGGGCCGGCGCGGGCGGCGCGCCUGCUGCUGCGCGCGCUGGCCGGCUCCGAGCUGUUCACCGAGGACGAGCCCGGCGCCAGCGAGGACGUCGACGUGGCGCACAUGGAGCGGCAGCUCCAAGAGCUCCUGCUCCCGUUCCUGCGCGUGUCGGCCCUGCUGCGGCACCACCUGUACGGCGGCUCGCUGCCCGCCAUCCCGGCCGCCGAGGCCGAGUUCCCGGCGCUGGUGCACUACCUGGAGCUGUGCACCGAGGCCGUGGAGGACGUCGCCGCCGCCGCCCUGCCGCCCCACGCGCCCGUGCUGGCCCGAGCGGCCGCCAGGAGGUACCCCCGCCUUUACUGUAGUUCCCGGCGCUGGUGCACUACCUGGAGCUGUGCACCGAGGCCGUGGAGGACGUCGCCGCCGCCGCCCUGCCGCCCCACGCGCCCGUGCUGGCCCGAGCGGCCGCCAGGAGGUACCCCCGCCUUUACUGUAGUUCCCGGCGCUGGUGCACUACCUGGAGCUGUGCACCGAGGCCGUGGAGGACGUCGCCGCCGCCGCCCUGCCGCCCCACGCGCCCGUGCUGGCCCGAGCGGCCGCCAGGAGGUACCCCCGCCUUUACUGCCGUGGAGGACGUCGCCGCCGCCGCCCUGCCGCCCCACGCGCCCGUGCUGGCCCGAGCGGCCGCCAGGAGGUACCCCCGCCUUUACUGUAGUUCCCGGCGCUGGUGCACUACCUGGAGCUGUGCACCGAGGCCGUGGAGGACGUCGCCGCCGCCGCCCUGCCGCCCCACGCGCCCGUGCUGGCCCGAGCGGCCGCCAGGAGUUCCCGGCGCUGGUGCACUACCUGGAGCUGUGCACCGAGGCCGUGGAGGACGUCGCCGCCGCCGCCCUGCCGCCCCACGCGCCCGUGCUGGCCCGAGCGGCCGCCAGGAGGUACCCCCGCCUUUACUGUAGUUCCCGGCGCUGGUGCACUACCUGGAGCUGUGCACCGAGGCCGUGGAGGACGUCGCCGCCGCCGCCCUGCCGCCCCACGCGCCCGUGCUGGCCCGAGCGGCCGCCAGGAGGUACCCCCGCCUUUACUGUAGUUCCCGGCGCUGGUGCACUACCUGGAGCUGUGCACCGAGGCCGUGGAGGACGUCGCCGCCGCCGCCCUGCCGCCCCACGCGCCCGUGCUGGCCCGAGCGGCCGCCAGGAGUUCCCGGCGCUGGUGCACUACCUGGAGCUGUGCACCGAGGCCGUGGAGGACGUCGCCGCCGCCGCCCUGCCGCCCCACGCGCCCGUGCUGGCCCGAGCGGCCGCCAGGAGGUACCCCCGCCUUUACUGUAGUUCCCGGCGCUGGUGCACUACCUGGAGCUGUGCACCGAGGCCGUGGAGGACGUCGCCGCCGCCGCCCUGCCGCCCCACGCGCCCGUGCUGGCCCGAGCGGCCGCCAGGAGGUACCCCCGCCUUUACUGUAGUUCCCGGCGCUGGUGCACUACCUGGAGCUGUGCACCGAGGCCGUGGAGGACGUCGCCGCCGCCGCCCUGCCGCCCCACGCGCCCGUGCUGGCCCGAGCGGCCGCCAGGAGUUCCCGGCGCUGGUGCACUACCUGGAGCUGUGCACCGAGGCCGUGGAGGACGUCGCCGCCGCCGCCCUGCCGCCCCACGCGCCCGUGCUGGCCCGAGCGGCCGCCAGGAGGUACCCCCGCCUUUACUGUAGUUCCCGGCGCUGGGGCACUACCUGGAGCUGUGCACCGAGGCCGUGGAGGACGUCGCCGCCGCCGCCCUGCCGCCCCACGCGCCCGUGCUGGCCCGAGCGGCCGCCAGGAGGUACCCCCGCCUUUACUGUAGUUCCCGGCGCUGGUGCACUACCUGGAGCUGUGCACCGAGGCCGUGGAGGACGUCGCCGCCGCCGCCCUGCCGCCCCACGCGCCCGUGCUGGCCCGAGCGGCCGCCAGGAGUUCCCGGCGCUGGUGCACUACCUGGAGCUGUGCACCGAGGCCGUGGAGGACGUCGCCGCCGCCGCCCUGCCGCCCCACGCGCCCGUGCUGGCCCGAGCGGCCGCCAGGAGGCUCAGCCAAGCGGCCCGCGGCGGGCGGCUGGCCGUGCGGCGUAUCCUGCGCGCGCUGCACGUGGCGUGGCUGCCGCCGGCGCUGCUGGCGCUGCCGCGGGACUACGACCGCCUGUUCUCCUACUACCACGAGCGCGUCUGCCUGCAGUGCGGCGCCGUGCCCAAGGAGGCCUCCGUGUGCCUGCUGUGCGGCACGCUCGUCUGCCUCAAGCAGCCCUGCUGCCGCCAGCACCAGGUGGCCGAGGCCGUGCAGCACGCCAUGGAAUGCGGAGGCGGCACGGGCAUCUUCCUGGUGGUGACGUCCACCUACAUCAUCGUGAUCCGCGGCCGGCGCGCCUGCCUGUGGGGCUCGCUGUACCUGGACGACUACGACGAGGAGGACCGCGACCUCAAACGCGGCAAGCCCCUAUACCUAUCCAACGACCGCGCCGAACUACUUCAGGCACAGUGGCUGGCGCACCGCUUCGACCACACCAAGCGCACCUGGGUGUGGCACCGCGACUCGCUGUGAGUGCCGACCUGAAGCUGCCGGCGACGACGACCCGAUCUCUCCCGCGCCACGCGUCGGCGACCACACGAACCUGCAGGACUGGGACAGCCGAGGAAUUUGAUUUCUGUGUCACUUCCUAUUAAGUUCUAUAAUAUUAUUGUCACUAGGACAGGCUAGCGGAUUUUAUAUUGAUUGCCAUCGUGACUAGGUAUAAAGUGCCACACUAAUCAAAUGCCACUGUUUUUACUGCAAACUACGCCAAUACUAACGAAACUGAUCUGAAUAUCGGUCAUAUUUAACAUAAAAUAUUUAUAUAGAUAGACAAAUGGCAUAUUGUAUAAUUGUUAGAACCACGCCGCUCGCUAUACAUUGAGUAUUGCUUCAACGACAUCUUUCUUAGAUUACUGUUUAUUUUUAGAUAUAGCUAGGGUGUAUAUAUAUUAGUUAGCCUACUGUCAACCUCCGAUGGAGUUGAUUUGUGAUUUUUAUAUUAUAUUUUACCUUUUACCUGCUUCGACGAACGACAUAGAUUAUGUCAGAUUGAGCUGUUUUUUUCUUUGACCGCUUAUAUUGACGGCCAUUCUAAACUCGAGAAAAUCGAGUAAACGAAACUGAGAGUCGUAGACUCUAUAAAAGUUUUUGUUUUUAAAUGUGAUCUUUGCCCUUUUGUUGUCUCACCCGGGCAUCCAUUUUUAUCUAUAGGACUGUUAUGUCACAUACUUUACAGUACAUAUGGGGCUACUUUAUAGCACUAGUGCGAGAAGUAGCAUAUUAUGUUACUGUGUCGAACAUUUAAAGGACCAUAUGUACUGUAAAACGUUGUACGAUACAUGUGCGAAUAGGUAAUUUGCAACUCGUGUCGAUUUAAAACACUCCCUUCGGUCGUGUUUUAAUUUAUCGCCACUCGUUUCGAAUUUCCUAUUUUUCGCACUUGUAUCGUAAUGUACUAUUUUAAUCAUCUAGAUCAAAAGUUGCAGUUUCUCCUUAAAAUGAUAUCAAUCUAGUUUUAUCCCGGCCACAACGGAGCACCGCAAGUGUUGGCUCCGGCGACGAUAUGUUGCGAACAAAAUGGCGACCUGCAGCAAUUGUUUGUUGUACAUACGCCGUCAAUUCGCUGGCUGUGAAUGUAAUUACUGUUGACUCGGUUGCCGACAACUUAGAUGUAACAUAUUAAAUUAUUAUUCUUUAUUAUAUCAAAUAUCAAAUAUCAAACAUUUAUUCAGCAAAUAGGCCACAGGGGCACUUUUACAUGUCCAUUUUUACAAACAAUAAAUUAAAAAAAAAACAAUUACAAAUAUCGAAUCUAUGAAAUAAUAAAUACUUUAUUAGAGAUGUAUACUGUCUCUAAAUGUCAAAUUACACAAAAAAAACUAUGAUAAAAAAAUAAAACCAUAAAAUACUAAAAUUCUUUAGAGAUGUAUAAGUCUCUAAGUGUCGGAGAUAAAAUAUAAAAAUAUAUAUUAAAUUAUCCUUAGAGAUGUAGAGGGUCGCCAAGGCUUGAAUUCUUAUAUAAAUAAUUAAAAGACAAAAAAAUUAAAACAGACAAGAACCGAAUGAAGUGUCUCACGUUAAUGUCACUCAAAAGUAAAGUUACAUACUUUAACAUAACCAUAUAUUCUUACUGGGUAUCAUAUGUCCACUCCAGCGUGUGAUCUUGUUGUGGUAUGACCACAUCUCACUAAUUGUUUUGUGCAAUUUUUGAUUAAAAAUGCUUGCUGUAGCGUUCGUUGAAUAUCUCAAACUGGUCACAUAAUUACGUAACCCGCUGGAGUGGACACGUUUCCUUAUAAUAUAAUCCAUUCGUACCAUUAUUUAUAUUCAACGGCAGUUUGACAAAAGUACCGAGUGUAUUAUUAUGAUCGCUUCUAACUUUCUAAUCAUGUUGGUGUUCAUUAAGUUUGUAUAAUAGUUUUACACACAGAGUUCAUGCAAAUUGUGUAACCAUUGCUCCGUCUGGAACUAGUUAUGUUUUGUGAUUGCAAAGAUCGGUUGGUGGGUAACAUUUAUAACUGGGUAACUAUUUGAAUUUAAUGGUCAAUAUAGGCAUUUAAAAGUCGUUUUCGCAUGUCUAUUUAGACACUAGUGCCUUUGAUCGAUCGAUGCAACAUAUAAUAAUGAACGCUGGAUUCGCAGCGUGAUUGUGUUAUCUUAAUAUUUGUUACUGUAUUCUGUAUUCAAUAGUGUUUAGGAUCUGAUAUAUCUCGUGCAAUCCGGAUUUUGGCAUUAUUAUAGGUUACGAUCAGUUUGGAGUCAAAACGUUAUGUUGUUGCUGAGACGUGUUUAUGCGAUAAAUAAUUUAAAAAUUUUAAUUAAUGUUUUAAUUAUGUAGAAAUUUAAUGUAUUUUUUUAAUCAACGAAUUGCUGAUCCUGUGAACUUUGAAUAGAUUUUAGUGAAGCUGGCGUGCAUCUAAAAAAGGACGUAGGCAGUCAAGACUGCGUUAGUGUUAAACUGUAUGGGGUGUAGUCAAAAUUAUUUUCAAUUAUUUUACGUUUUAUAUCUUAUUCUUGACUGCCUAUGUCCCUCCAGUUUCUGUAUGAAAAAAGUAUCCUUAAUAUACGCCUACUUGAAGUGACUUAGCCUUAGGACACUGUUAGAACACUUGCUAAGUUAAAUCAAACCCUACGUGUAUAGCGACAAAGUCUGUUUUCGUUUCACCCGAGUGCUAGCACCAGCGACUAAAUCAAUGAUUGUUAACUCUUGUAUGUAUAUUGUUCAUGUAUAUAUUCAAUAAUUAAAGUUGUUGAUAUUUCA